AUGGCACCCAAAGCUAGGAAGUCUAACAAAGCAAGGAGGAGCGCCGGUGGCGCCAAAAAAUCCGUGAGCAUCGAGAUGGUGAAGGAAGCCGUGGCUGCACUCGGUGACAGAAAUGGUUCGACGAUCAACGCCAUAUUCAACUACUUGGUACGAACAAAGAAAGUGUCGCAGAGUUCCAGAACGCUUGUCAUCCUAGCAAUUGGACGUGCCUGCCGCGAGGGAAGCAUGGCAAAGAAAUCACCCAAAUCCUUUGUUCUCCGGGCUGGAGGAAAGAGAAAAGCCUCGUCACCCAAACGACGCAAGCGCAAAGCCAAGCGCGCAAGGAAGAGCACAGCCAAGAAGAGCGCCAGCAAACGACGUCGCCGACAACGCAAACGCAGAACUCUUAAGAAGAAAGCAAAACGAAGCACGAAAAGAAGAAGCAGAAAGACCGCAAGCAAGUCAGCAAAGAAAACACGAAAAGCGCGAAGAAGCCAAAAGCCAAAAGCCUUCAAAAGACCAGCAGCUAAGACCAUGCGAGGACGGCCAGUGCGAAGGGCGGCAAGACGCAUCAACUAUCGCGAAUAA